CUUACUUCAACACACAAGGUAAAGGAAGCUGCAGAAGGAUGGAGAAACCAGGGGAUGCCGCUGAAACUGUUUCACCACCAGAGGUACCACCUCAGACCAUGGCCACAUCAUGGGAGCUGCCCACAGAGCUGUGCUGCCGGCCGCUGGCGCUGGUGGCUCUGACGGGGAUGGACGUGACAUACAACGCCGUACACCGCGCCAUCUGGGACGCCUUCAGCGCCAACCGGCGCGCUGACCGUGUCCCGCUCGCCUUCCGUGUACUGCCAGGAGACCAUGAGUACCCAAAGUGUAAGACUAAGCGGCAGUCCUAUGAGUGGUACAUUCCUAAGGGUAUCCUGAAGACAGGCUGGAUGAACAAACAGCUGAACAUGGUGCCGGCUGUGGUGGUCGUCUUCUUCGACCUGGACUGGGACGAACCACUCUGGAGGGAGAAGCAGAUGGAAUGUGCCACUAGGGUGGAGGUGGUACGAGCCAGCCUGCAGGGACGCAGCACCCGAGUAGCUGUCGUCCUCAUCCAAAAGAAUGCCCCCCUCCCCCCUGGAGAGGACAUGGUGGCUGCAGAACGUGCUGCAGCUCUCUGCAGUGCCUGCGAGCUGUCAGCCAAGUCUCUCUUUGUCCUGCCACACACCGACCACCUGCUAGGGUACAUCAUCCGUCUGGAGAAUGCGUUCUACGAGCUGGCACAGAACUAUUACCACAUGGAGGCACGCCGGGUCAAGUCUCACAAGGAGUUCCUCAACAAGACCACCCACCAGCUGCUCUUCGUGCGCCACCAGUUCAAGAUCGCCUUCUACAACGAGAUGAAACAGGACACACACACGGCACUCAAACACUACAAACAGGCCUACCAGCACCUGAAUGAGGUCCGUACUCACGACACCAACAUGCUGGAGAUCAAGACGGUCUCCGGGUUCAUCAACUACAAGAUCUGCCGGCUGUCUUUCCAGCACAACGCCCCGCUGGACGCCAUCGCACAGUUCCGCAAACACGUGGACCUGUUCAAGAACAAGGUCGGGUGUGCAGAGCUUGCCUUUGAACACUCCAGCUGGAUCUCCAAACAGUUUCAGGUGUUUGGAGACUUGUUUGACGAGGCGAUCAAGCUGGGUCUGACAGCCAUCCAGACGCAACACCCUGGCUUCUACUACCAGCAGGCAGCCAACCACGCCAUCACACGCAAACAGCUCUGCCGCAAGCUGUGCGACCCGACGGCCAAGUACCCCAGCACCGACCCCCUGGAGCUGGCAGCCAAGCUGGACUUCUACGGACAGCGACCUUGGAGGCAGGGUCACCAGAGUAUCGACCCUCCAGACGCUCAGAAGGAGAGGGAGGGGAUACUUUCUCUUCAGCUGUUAGAGCUGACAGUGGACCACUCCUGGAUCAUCAUCCCGCUGCUCAGCAGUGCAGUGGCCCAGUUUAAGAAGUACAAGUCAGCCCGGAUGAAGCGGUACCUCAUGGUACAGAUGGGAGAGGAGUACUACCAUGCCAAGGACUACGGCAAGGCACUCACACUGCUCACAAGGGUCCUAUGGGACUAUCGUAGUGAGCGCUGGUGGGCCCUGCUCACCUCCAUCCUGACCUGCGCCCUGAAGUGUGCAUACCUGGUAGCCAACGUGCAGGAGUACAUCUCCAUAGCGCUGGAGCUGAUUGGUCGAUACACGCUCACGUCUGCAGAGGAGAAGACGCGGAUCCAGAUGAACCUGAUUCGUGUGAUGUCCGGGGACCCGCCCGAACCUGAGCCGGAGUGUGUCCCAGAUGCAGUAGAGGAAGCCAAACAGCUGUGGACCAGCGAGGCGAUCCAGACCAUUGCCCAGCCCUUCACCAUCGAGCUGCAGAACCUGGUGCCGUUUGUGGAGUGUAAGGCCGGCUUCUCCCUGGCCUCCAACCCACCUGACAAACACAUGGUGCUGGACGUGUACCUGUGUGUCAGGUGUCCCUUCCCUAUCAGGUUUUCCAAGCUGUCAGUGUUGCUCAGCAACCCAGCCUACAACAAGCACUGCACCCUGGCGGAUAGCCGCGGUAUUGCAAACAGCGACGCGGGGGACGCAGAAACUGGCGACCUUUACCUCGUCCCUGGACAGGUCAAGCAUCAUCAGUUCCUCCUCAUCCCUACAGUUGAAGACGUCGGGCGGAAAGUCGAGAUCACUUCUGUCGCCUUGGAGCUGGGCACGCCCGGGACGCGCAGCGCGAUACUGCACUGGCAGGGAGGUGGAGGGGACGCCGCCACCAACACCAGCGCACCAAGGGUGAUGAGUGGACGACGGAGGGAAGACCAGCCUUCGGAAAUCGACUGGGACGGUCUGAGCCUGUACAGCUCCAUCUCUGUGGUGCCCAGGCCCCCGCGUGUGCAGGUACAGCUCAAGCACAAGCCGCCGGCACUCGCCAACGAGUUCUACGCUGUGGAACUCACCGUGGAGAGCCAGGAGGAGGAUGAGAUCACCGAGGUUUCCCUCCACGUGGGGCUGAAAGACGGGCAGGACACGUCGCUCGAGAGCACCACGCACAUCUGCUUUGACGCCCCGACGCAGGAGGACGCAGAGACGUUCAUCGACAAGCCGCAGCCGCAAGCGCCGGGGCUGAGCGUGGGGAGUCUGCGGAGCGGGGAGAAGGUGACCAGGACCAUGUACAUGCGCUGUCUGCAGGUCGGGCAGAGGAUGCUCAGUGUCAGGGUUGUGUACAACAUUCAGGUGAGUAUAGGGAAGCAGGCAUCUCCCAUCUGCUGUACAUGUGUGAAGGAGGAGAUCGUUCCCAUCGAGACCGUCAUGCCCGUGGACGCCUCCAUCCGCCUCAAGUCCCUCCUGAUGGACGCUCUGGAACAGAUCCAUUACGACGAGCCAUUCCUGCUGCUCACUGACAUCAGCUGUGUCUCGCCGUGGUCGAUCACAAUCAGCUCCACGGAGCUGCAGCUGACAGAGGCGCUGCGGCCGGCCACAGGGCAGCUGGAGUCCCACAUUCACAAACUGCAGCUCAACAAGAACGACCGGGCCAGCGACUGUUACUGCCUCACAGCACCGCUCAAUAAGAUACAUCAGGGGAGUGUAUUGAUGGGCGAGUACUCGAUCCGCUGGCGGCGUGCGGAUGCGGACGACUCGAUCCCGUACGUGAUGACGGUGCUGUCGUUGCCUGAGGUGCCGAUCAUGAACCUGCCCGUGAUGGUGGAGAUGGAGCUUCCCGCGCACGGCCGCGUACGGGAGCCGCUCGGCAUCACGUACACGCUGCACAACCGCACUGCCACGGUGCAGGAGAUGGAGGUGAUGAUGGAGCCCAGCGAAGCCUUCAUGUUCUCAGGACACAAACAGGUGCAUUUCCGGCUGCUGCCCUACGGGAAACACAUCCUGACCUAUAACCUGUACCCCCUCCUGUCUGGCCACAUGGUACUGCCCCGCCUCCAUGUGAACAUGCUGCGUUACCCUGGCACCACCGACCAGAUCAUCAGCAAGAUGAUGCCUACUCAUGUCUUCAUCAUGCCCACUGGAAAGGAAGCCAUGGAAGAAGUCUUUGCUGGCAGCUAAAUACCCUAGCAGCCACAUGAAGAGGUCUAAUAAGUUAUUACCAGAAGUCAGCUCGUCCCAAGAAGACAAACAGGAGAUCUUCAAUUCCUCGAUAACUUUAAGGAACACAAGUGUUGGAUAUAAGACGGGAGAAAGAUAAAAGAUUUUCAUUGAUUUUCAAUCCUUACGGAUUCUACUAUAAACCAGCUCUAGGAAUGUUACAGUUGCAAUGACUGAUAAUUCACAAAAUAUAAGAAUCCUAAAUUAGGUGUUUCAUACGGUAUGAUACAGUAUAUAUUGUGCAUGUAAAUGAACAUUCCAGUGCUACACUUCAAGCAUACUCAAUUGGAGGAAAAUAGAUGAACCAAUAGUUGCACAAUAUCUGGAUGUCACCUACAUUUGCUCCUGUUCUAAAAUUCCUAGAAUGCAAUGUUGUGGUAACAUGAUACGAUAACAAUAGCUUCUAAAUCAAGUGUAGUCAUUUUAAGAAUCUCAACUCUCAACGUUUUAAUUUUUUGUCUGACAAUACAUGAUGUAAAUAGAGCUUAUUCUGUGCAAUAUUAUUUUGCUGGAGUGAUGUUUUUUUCUCUUAAGCUAUAGGAAUAAAACAUCACAA